AUGGGAUCGGAGUGCUCUGGACUUGACUGUCCCUCCUGUGGACUUAGGGACAGAGCACAAAGAUGCUUAGAAAAGGUUCCUGCAAGCCUGGGUCCUGGGGCAGCUUCUGGGCUAUCCUGGCCUUGGUGGGACUGGUCACUCGUGCAGCGACUGCAGGACCUGCUGCGCCAGGGCAAUGCCAGUGAUGUCAUCCUGCGGGUCCAGGCUGUGGGCACUGACGAGGUCCGAGCCUUCCACACCCAUCGCCUGUUGCUGGGGCUGCACAGUGAGCUGUUCCGGGAGCUGCUGAGCAACCAGAGUGAGGUUAUGCUGCGGGAGUCCCGGGACUGUGCCGCUGUCUUUGACAAGUUCAUCAGGUACAUAGGGGGAGGGCACCAUCCUGCACCCAGUCCGUGGCUCCCUGUCUCUCCACCUUCAGGGGUGCAGAAGUCUGGCCUUACUGGUUAUUAUAUCGACUUUCAAAAGUCCUAGCAUGACAUACAACACAGGCUUCCUUUAUCCCUCCUUCCGAUGCCCUCCCUGUUGUGGCCUGUGUCCCUUUCUGGCCUUUGGGAGUCCCUUCUGAGCUACUUCCAAACCCGGUCAAGAACACUGAUAGAAUCAACAGAUUCUUGGUUGGUUCCAAGUGCCUUCAAUGCCACAAGGCUUUGAAACCACAGGGCUAAGGAGCAGAAAGGUCAACAGGCUCGGUCACCUCUCUCCUUCCUGCACAGGGAAAGACUGUAAAAUGCUCUAAGGAGGUAACCCUGCUCUAAGGGCUCAAACAAGGUGGCUGCAGGAUUCCAGACAACACCCCCAAGUUCCAGGCAACAGGAAGAGGGAUAAAACAGAAGGGUUUCACAUAGAGCCAAGCGGGGUGCUGUGUGCCAGUGGGACUGUCAGGAAGAAUGAGGCAAGGGGGUGGGCAGCACUGUAAGAGAGCCAGGGACAGUAAAAUGGCUGAGAGGGAGAGGGAAUCCAGACAGCUGAAAAGCCUGACCAAAGAGAAGCCGACAGGGAACAGGAAGUAGCCUGGGUUGGCUGUGUGCUGUGUGUAGUGAGAUUUUUCUCAGCCUCUCACGGUGACAACAUUCCGGAGGUGGGCUCUUCCCCUUUCUUAGGCAUCUUGGGAUUCCUAAGUUAAAGGACUUGCCUUCUCUAGCAGCAAGGAGGAAGUCAGAUGGGCAUCUAAAUCCAGAUUGUGUGGACACCAAGGUUACUGGCAACCUCUUCUCGUUUGAGCUUAGAGUUAGAUAUGAAGUGGAUGCUUAGUAAAUGCAUGUGAUUUUCACAGCACCAGAAGCUAAAGAUGUCUGAACAGGCCAGGAGGGAACUUAAGAAGAAAACAUAGAAAGCCUCAAGGUCCAUUCAUCCUGUUUGUUCCUUACAAAAAUGGCUGUGUCCCCUCUGGGUUCUGGGGAAACUUGCGAGGGUAGUGUAGGUGGCCUUGACAAUACUCAGUCCCGCCGACCUUCCUAUCUCUAUUUUUAUUUUUUUUAAAUCAUAUUAUUAGCAUGUGUGUCUGUAUAAGUGUAUGCCACAUGUAAAUGGGUACCCUGCUCUAGCUAGAAGAAGGCUGGAGUUACAGAUGGUUUCCGAGACACCCAAUGUGGACGCUGGAGACCGAACUCCGGUGCUCUGGACAAGUGCUCUUAACUGCUGUGCCCUCUCAGCGGGCCCCUCUCCAAUUCCCUUCCAGGUAUUUGUACUGUGGUGAGCUGACUGUACUGCUGGCCCAGGCUAUCCCGCUACACAGGCUGGCCACCAAGUACCGAGUAGCAUCCUUGCAGCGAGGCGUGGCCGACUACAUGCGCGCACACCUGGCGGGAGGCGUGGGCCCCGCUGUGGGCUGGUACCACUAUGCUGUGAGCACCGGGGAUGAGGCUCUGCGUGAGAGCUGCCUGCAGUUCCUGGCUUGGAACCUUUCUGCCGUGGCGGGGAGCGCGGAGUGGGGCGCCGUGAGCCCCGAGUUGCUGGCGCAGCUCCUGCAGCGCUCGGACCUGGUGCUGCAGGAUGAGCUGGAGCUGUUCCACGCGCUGGAGGCGUGGCUGGGCCGCGCGCGGCCGCCCCCUACCGUGGCCGAGCGAGCGCUGCGCGCCAUCCGCUACCCGAUGAUCCCGCCUGCACAGCUUUUCCAGCUGCAGGCGCGCUCGGCCGCCCUGGCGCGCCACGGCCCGGCGGUGGCAGAUCUCUUGCUGCAGGCUUACCAGUUCCACGCCGCCUCGCCGUUGCAUUACGCCAAGUUCUUUCACGUGAACGGCAGCGCCUUUCUGCCGCGCAACUACCUCGCCCCAGCCUGGGGCGCCCCGUGGGUCAUCAACAACCCGGCUCGCGACGAUCGCAGCACCAGCUUCCAGACGCAGUUGGGACCCAGUGGUCACGACGCGGGUCGCCGGAUUACCUGGAACGUGCUCUUCUCCCCGCGCUGGCUGCCCGUCAGCUUGCGGCCCGUCUACGCGGACGCCGCGGGCACCGCGCUGCCUGCCGCGCGCCCCGAGGACGGGAGGCCGCGACUGGUGGUCACGCCAGCUAGCAGCGGUGGCGAUGCGGCGGGCGUGAGCUUCCAGAAGACAGUGCUGGUGGGUGCGCGCCAUCAGGGCCGCCUCCUGGUGCGCCACGCCUACAGCUUCCAUCAAAGCAGCGAAGAAGCUGGCGACUUCCUGGCCCACGCCGAUCUGCAGAGGCGCAACUCGGAAUACCUGGUGGAGAACGCGCUGCAUCUCCAUCUCAUUGUCAAGCCGGUGUACCACACCCUCAUCCGGACUCCCAGUUAACCUCUGGAUUGAGAAAUAAGGCCAGGCCUGGAUGGCGUACCAGGGUGUCAAAGUGACUGUUGCCCUGGGCCUUGGGUGAUCAGGUGCAGCCGGUUGGGACUAGGGUGGAAGGCAGGUGAAUGUGGUAGACAAAAUGGCUGUGGUUUCAGGAGUGCCUUUUCCAGCUAAUUUGAAGGCAGCAUUCUUGGUACAGAAUAAACCGAUGCUCAGAGGGGCCAGGUUCUGAAGCAA